UAGAAAAUGAUUUAUUCGUGCAUACCCUGUUUGGUGGUGUGAUUUCCCCUCAAGUAUUCAUUGGUAAAGCUAGUGAUUUAAGUAAAUUAUAGUUUUUGGUCGCUUGGUUCCAAAAACUCCUAUCCCCCACCGGCAGCCGUGAAAAAUCUGCAUUCUUUCACCAGCAAAAAACCAAAAGAGUCAAGGCAUAGACAUGAAGUGCCAAGGAUGGAAUAAUCAAAUGUUUGUUGUUUUGUGGAGAAUUGGAGAUACAGCAAAAGGCAAAAGCCGCUGCUGCUAGUCAUAGGCAGGCACCGCUGCUGCUAGUCAUAGGCAGGCAGGCAGACCCCAUUAGAUUUGCCCCAUCGUCAGUCAGAUGAUCAGAUGCUGACACACCUCCCCACGGGUUUCACAUAACACUCUUCAACCUCAACUUGACAGACAGAGAGACACCGUUUGUGAUUUAAGUUCAACACACACACAACACUUAAUAUUUCUUAAACUCUGUUUUAGUGUUUACGUAACCUAUCUUAUAAUACUAGCAUUCUUUCUUGUGUUUCCAGUUAUGGUCACCAGGCUUUCCUGAGAAUUAAGUCAAUUAAGCAAUGCAAGAUCCAAGUUUGACCUCAAUGAAGCAGCAUGAAACACCAACAACCCUAAAACCAGCAGCGUGCAAGCUUACACCCAUGUCGCACUUGCAGAGCACAACCCCUUCUCGCUGUAGAGUCAACUCCAAGCCUAUAAAUCAUUCAGCAAAAGCGGAAGCAAGGCCCGAAACUGCAACUCCUCAUGUCAAGGACAGCACGAAGAACAGCAGUAAGUCUCUGCUGCUGAACAAGCCUAAAUCUGGAGACCAACCACAAGUUGUGGGAUCUCAUCACAAGGGUAGAGUUGUGGAGCAAUUUGCCCGGCCUAGGCGUCUUAACGCUAAUCUUACUAAGAAGAGCGAAGAAAGCAGAAGCGCAAUAGAGAAGAAUAAUAUUGAUGAGCUGAGAGAGAAGCUAAGUUGUAGUGAGGCUUUGGUUAAAGAUUUGCGGACUCAGGUGCUGGGUUUGAAGGCAGAAUUGGAUGGGGCACGGAGCUUGAAUAUGGAGCUGGAGUCUCUGAACAGAAAGCUUAACGAGGAUCUUGUCGCUGCUGAAGCAAAGAUAGCAGCUCUUGCAAGCCGUGACAAGGUCCAGCUGCAGAGGGAAUCAAAUGGAGAUGACCAGAGCUUCAAAUUCAAGGACAUUCAGGAAUUCAUUGCCAACAAAUUGGAACACCCAAAAAUUACAAGGGAGGCAAUCAAGGAGAUAAGAACAGUUCAAACGCCAUUACCCCAACCUGCUCGUUUGACAACAAAACUUGCCGGUGCAGAGCCAUGUGCAAAAGCAGUUUCCUCUCCGCCACCACCGCCACCGCCACCUCGGCCCCCUGCUAAAACAACUACCACUCCAAAGGCUGAUUCCUCUGUAGUGGUCCCUCUACAAUGUUACAACUCAUUGUCAUUGACAAGGCAAGAAAGGAAAAAGUAUCCUCCAGCAGCAGCAGCAUGGAAUCACAACAAACCCACCGUUAUUAGCGCACAUAGUAGCAUAGUUGGUGAAAUUCAAAAUCGAUCAGCUCAUCUGCUGGCUAUAAAAGCGGAUGUUGAAACAAAAGGGGAAUUCAUCAACAGUCUCAUCCACAAAGUCUUGGCUGCAGCUCAUACAGAUAUAGAAGAUGUCCUGAAAUUUGUGGAUUGGCUUGACAGCGAACUUUCGUCAUUGGCUGAUGAGCGAGCAGUGUUAAAGCAUUUUAAGUGGCCAGAGAGGAAAGCUGAUGCCAUGCGAGAAGCUGCUAUUGAAUAUCGUGAUCUAAAAUUGUUGGAAAAUGAGAUUUCUUCAUAUGAGGAUGAUACUAGCAUUCCGUGUGGAGCUGCCUUGAAGAGGCUGGCUGGCCUACUAGACAAGUCGGAAAAGAGCAUGCAAAGGCUUAUCAAACUGAGAAACUUAGUAAUGCAUUCUUAUCAAGAGUAUAAGAUUCCAAUUGAUUGGAUGCUUGAUUCAGGAAUCACGUGUAAGAUAAAGCAGGGUUCUAUGAAGCUGGCCACGUUGUACAUAAAGAGGGUGGCAACGGAGCUUCAAUUGGUCCGUAGUUUAGACAAGGAAUCUGCUCAAGGGGCACUGCUUCUUCAAGUCAUGCAUUUUGCACAUAAGGUUCAACAGUUUGCUGGAGGUCUUGAUUCAGAAACAUUGUGUGCUUUUGAAGAGAUUAGGCAGUGCAUUCCAAGACACCUGGUAGGAUCCAAAGAAUUGUUGGCCGGAAUAGCCUCCCCAUGAAGUUUUACUGAUCGGAAUGUGAGUUUAGUUGAAUCCAAAGAAUUGUUGGCUCCAGUAGAUUCCAUGUUGUAAAAAUGAAAGAUUUUACCAUUUACAUUUUAAUUUUUUUAUAUAAAAAUAAAUAAAAAAUAUAAAUAGUAAAAGUAUUUACUAAUGGGAAGCUAAGUGUAUGUAAAGUUAUAUAGCUACUACAUAGAUUUGGUUUGUUGAACAUUAAGUGUAUGACCAGUUGUCCUCCGUGGAAUGAGUAGUGGUAUUUGUGGAAACAUUUUUCCAACAGCUGCAAGAAAAGAAAAAGCUCUGGGAUAAUAUGGAUGGAGAAACAGACGGUGCAUUGAAUGUAAAUUCAGAAGGAUGUAGCAUAUUACUCUGCCGUGAAUGUGAGUAUAGAAUAUAUAUGUAGCAUAUUAUCAGGGUACCUUAAUUCGGAAACUAGGUUCAUAUCUA